CGCGGGGCCGCAGGUAUCUGACUGCGCUGUUUGCCCACAGUGCAUCACCGACUGGCACCGGCAGAACGGCUUCCCCAGCUCGCUGGCACUGCCUGACAACACACUGAACUUCGCCAAGAAGCACCCGCUGAUGGAUGAACCCGUCCUGCCGCAGCGCGGCCGCCCGCUGCUGCUCAAGAAGGACUCCAACUUCACCCAGCUGGUGGUGGACCGCGUGGCAGGGCUGGACGGGGCCGUCUACGAGGUGCUCUUUGUGGGCACAGGUGACGGCUGGGUGCACAAGGCGCUGAAUUUGGGCUCCCACGUUCAUCUGGUGGAGGAGCUGCAGGUCUUCGAGCCGGCGCAGCCCGUGGAGAGCCUGGUGCUGGCGGGGCGGAAGAAGCUGCUGUUUGCUGGCUCACGGCUCCAGGUGGCCCAGCUGCCCGUGGCCGACUGCGGCCGCUACCAGUCCUGUGCUGACUGCGUCCUGGCGCGGGAUCCGUACUGCGCGUGGAGCCGCAACGGCAGCCGCUGCGUGCGUUCCGAUGGCCUCAACGGGUCUCACCUGGUGCAGGACGUGCUGGGCUCCGACACGCGCGCCUGUGCCAUGCCGCUGGUGGGCACACAAGGUGCCAUCACCCCCAAGAACGUGACGGUGGCAGCAGGCACCGACCUGGUCCUGACCUGCCGCCUGGGUUCCAACCUGGCUCAGGCUCUGUGGACCUUCGAAGGCCGCGCUCUGCCGGCCCAACAGGCGCUGGUUCUGCACGACGGCCACCUCCGCGCCCUGGUGGUGCCGGGCGCCGGGGCGCAGCACAGCGGGACGUACCGCUGCGUGGCGGAGGAGCGCGGGCUGAGCUCACGGAAAGGGCUGCGCUCGGGGCUAUAA